UAACAGAGCGUUACGUGACCGGAGUGCAGAUUGCAUCAGGGAUGAGGUCUACUUGAACUUCCACAGAUGAGAGAGCUUAUGGAGUCAAAAGGGUUUCCGACAUAUUAAUCCGUGUUUUUGUUGAGAAGAAAACUUCAGAAAAUAUGGACCCCAAUUCCACAGAAGGAGGAGCAGAAGAGACACCCCUUAAAAGUCAUUCAAGUCCUCCUCACAAAGUGAUACUCAAACAUGGCCAAGAGUUGGAGGAAGAGCAGGAGGAGCUGGCCGAGCACCAGCCUCUAGAGCAAGAAGACCUGAACUUUGAGAGAUGGAAGCGCAGGCCCAUUCCCCAGAGGACGCUCCACCAGAAAAUAGACGACUUGAAGAAAUACCUGUGGAAUGCAGAGACCAACGAAUUCAUGGGUCGCUCUGGAAAGAGCUGGAGCCUCAUCCUGCUCUUCUAUGCUGCACUUUACGCAUUUCUUGCAGCCAUGUUUGGUGGCUGUUUGUUUUGCCUCAUGUGGUCUAUUAGUCCUUAUCAUCCCACCUACAAUGACAGAGUGAUGCCACCAGGUAUGACGAUGGCCCCACACCUGGAAGGGCACGAGAUUGCUUUCAAUGCAUCAGACCGGAAAUCCUGGAAGAAGUAUGCUCGGUCUAUGGAUGAAUAUCUAAGACCAUAUAAUGAUGGUGUUCAGGAGAGGAAGAAUAUUCACUGCACUCAUGAGACAUACUUCAUGCAAGAUGACUUAGAAGAGAGUGCAGAGCGAAAAGCGUGUCAGUUUAAGCGGUCCUGGUUGGGGGAUUGUUCGGGGCAGCGAGAUCCCACUUAUGGCUAUGCAAAGGGAAAACCAUGCAUUUUACUUCGAAUGAACCGGAUUCUUGGAUACUUACCUGGCCAGGGAAAACCAAUUAAUGUGACUUGUGGAGUUAAGAAAGGACCUGGAGAAGCCUUGGGAGAAGUCCAGUUUUUCCCUAAAAGCAUUUUUGACAUGAAAUACUAUCCAUACUAUGGGAAGCUCAGACAUGUGAACUACUCUUCACCGGUGGUAGCUGUGCGUUUUGCAGGAGUGCAGUAUGACACUCACAUCCAAGUGCAAUGCAAACUGAACGGAAAGGGGAUCAUUAACGAUUCACCCACUGACCGCUACCUGGGCAGCGUGACCUUCUCCCUGGAGGUUGGAGCGUAAAGCAGCACGAUGCUCCCAGAAGAAAUGUAAAAGAAAAGAAUUAUGUUGAACAUUUAUUUUUUCCUUGAAUACUUUAUUUCCCUCACUUCAUCCACCUAUUCCGCUGUGAACAAAAUCCUCAAGAAGUAGAUUUUUACUUUUGUGUUUCUGUCGUAUCUUCGAACCCUGAGCGUGCUGUUGGCACCUGCACCUACAACAAACAGUGCUGAGCACAGGACAAGCGCAUAGUGUGAGUUACAGUUCACUUCCUGAUAUUUUGUAAUGACUAAUGAGUUUAAUCAAACUAAAUUACACUGCCCAUUAGUUAGGACUUCUGGCUAUGCAAAUCCAAUUAUGACUUAAAAUAUUAAUAGGGAAUUAGUAAUUUUGCCAGGUUAGAUUGAAGUUUUGUGUGCACAUUUUUGUGUGACAAAGUGUACUAAUUUGUUUUGCUUUAUAUUUUUAAAAUGUGUGUUGUAAGAAUUCGAAGACGUAUCAUGCAAAUACUGAAAGCAGGACUUGUACUGUACUUACACAGUAAAAAAACAGACAUAAUAAAUGCAAAUACAUGAUUACUAUAUUUUUGUUGAAUAGAGAGGUAUUAUACAUUUAUGAAAAAGUAUCCACUUCUUCUUUUGAAAAAAAAAAAAAAACAUUUGCUUUUGAAAAUGAAAUACUACACCACUGAUCAAUAAAGUGAAAUACUGUGAAAAAAAUAGUUUGUGACAGGUCUGUGACAUUAAAAACAAGACAUAACUAUUUUAUGGUAGUAUUAAUCAUGCCUGAGCUGUGUUACUAAACGUGGUCUCAAUAUUGUAUUUAUUCUCAUUACAGCAGUUAUAAUAAAUACAGUUUUCUGGUAUGUACUCUCAAGCUUUCUUCCACAUGUCUAUUAGCUGUUAACGCAUCCCAGAAUCAGAAAAAACUUUAUUAAUCCCCAAGAAAAGUUAGAGUAUCCAGUAUAGUUCUUUAACUUGGACACCACCCUCAGAGAGUCCAGCUCCUCUCCAACACCAUGACUGGACUUAUGGAUCAUUUUAUUGAGUCUGUUGGUGUUUGCUACCAUCAGUCUGCUUUCCCAGCUCACAACAGCAUAAAGAAGGUCACUGGCCACCACAGGCUCAUAAAAUAUCCCGAGCUGCCUCAGAAAAUAGAGACGCCUCUGACCCUUCCUGUAGAUGGUUUCAGUGUUUUUGGUGAUUUAAACUGAUUUGCAAUAAAUCUCAACAUGCUGUACUUUAAA